AUGGCCAAGGAGUUGCACUUUAACAAGGAUGGUUCUGCAAUUAAGAAGCUGCAGGCUGGUGUUAACAAGCUUGCAGAUUUAGUGGGUGUUACCCUUGGUCCAAAAGGAAGGAAUGUAGUUCUCGAGAGCAAGUAUGGCUCUCCAAAAAUUGUUAACGACGGUGUAACCGUAGCAAAAGAGGUUGAAUUGGAAGAUCCAGUGGAGAAUAUUGGUGCUAAAUUGGUGAGGCAAGCUGCUUCAAAGACAAAUGACUUGGCUGGUGAUGGGACAACUACAUCUGUUGUUCUUGCACAGGGUAUCAUCACUGAAGGUGUUAAGGUUGUGGCAGCGGGUGCCAAUCCUAUUCAAAUUACAAGGGGUAUUGAGAGGACAGCUAAAGCCCUGGUGUCUGAGCUUAAGUCAAUGUCAAAAGAGGUUGAGGACAGUGAGCUAGCUGAUGUAGCUGCAGUUAGUGCCGGAAACAAUUAUGAAGUGGGAAAUAUGAUUGCAGAAGCUAUGAGUAAAGUGGGCAGAAAAGGUGUAGUGACUCUUGAAGAAGGGAGAAGUUCCGAGAACAGUUUGUAUGUCGUUGAAGGCAUGCAAUUCGACCGUGGUUAUAUUUCUCCGUACUUUGUCACAGAUAGUGAAAAGAUGGCUGUCGAAUAUGACAAUUGCAAGCUUCUUCUGGUUGACAAAAAGAUCACAAAUGCCAGGGAUUUAGUCAGCAUCUUGGAGGAUGCUAUCAGGGGAGGAUAUCCAGUAUUAAUAAUUGCAGAAGACAUUGAGCAGGAAGCUCUGGCAACCCUUGUCGUGAACAAGCUUAGAGGGUCUUUGAAAAUUGCUGCACUCAAAGCCCCUGGAUUUGGAGAACGCAAAAGCCAAUACCUUGAUGACAUUGCUAUUCUCACUGGAGGUACCGUUAUAAGGGAAGAGGUUGGUUUAUCCCUGGACACGGCUGGAAGUGAGGUAUUGGGACUUGCUGCCAAAGUGGUACUAACCAAGGAUACAACAACAAUUGUUGGUGAUGGGAGCACACAAGAGGCAGUAAACAAAAGAGUUGCCCAGAUUAAAAACCUCGUAGAGAGUGCUGAACAAGAUUAUGAAAAGGAAAAGUUAAAUGAAAGAAUUGCAAAACUCUCAGGUGGUGUUGCUGUUAUUCAGGUAGGUGCACAAACUGAAACUGAGCUUAAAGAAAAGAAACUGCGAGUAGAAGAUGCCCUGAAUGCAACAAAGGCAGCUGUUGAGGAAGGCAUUGUGGUUGGCGGUGGGUGUACCCUGUUGCGGCUUGCAGCAAAAGUUGAUGCUGUAAAGGAUACCUUAGAUAACGAUGAGCAGAAGGUUGGAGCAGAUAUUGUUAAGAGAGCAUUGAGUUAUCCAAUGAAGUUAAUAGCCAAGAAUGCUGGGGUAAAUGGAAGUGUUGUGAUAGAGAAGGUGUUGGCCAAUGAUAAUCCCAAGUAUGGUUACAAUGCCGCAACUGGGACAUACGAGGAUCUAAUGGCAGCUGGCAUAAUUGACCCCACAAAGGUUGUAAGGUGUUGCCUGGAGCAUGCGGCUUCCGUGGCAAGGACCUUCCUCACAUCUGAUGCUGUAGUUGUUGAUAUCAAGGAGCCUGAACCCAUGCCUGCUGGAAAUCCCAUGGACAAUUCAGGUUAUGGUUACUAG